AUGCAUUGUUUUAACUGUAGAAAGCCAGGUCACGGUUUGGCAGAUUGUCCAGAGGCAGACAGAGAUGAGGAGAUGGGUAGAGGCAUCUGUUACCGCUGUGGCUCAACUGAACAUGAAAUUCACAAGUGCAGAGCUAAAGUAGACCCUGCUCUCGGAGAGUAUCCAUUUGCAAAAUGUUUUAUCUGUGGACAAACGGGGCACUUGUCACGUUCCUGUCCUGAUAAUCCUAAAGGACUCUAUGCACAAGGUGGAUGCUGCCGUGUGUGUGGUUCUGUUGAACAUUUUCAAAAAGACUGUCCAGAGCAUCAGGCAUCAACAAACACAAUGACACUAAAGUGGUUGUCCAACAAUAUGAGUGCUGACCACGAAGAUGUGCAUAUGCCAGUGAAGAAAGCCAAGUCUAAGCAGACCAAAGUUGUGGUUUUCUGA